AUGAGGUACAGGCUCCUGAAUGAGAAAGCCCUCUCGGCGGUCCGGCGCAAACCGAGGGCAAAGAUCCACCCGCCGCCGCCGUCCAGGGUCGUAAUCCGAGUAACGAAUCAUAUAGCUCAUUUGGGCCACCCGAAAGAGGGCCCGAAACCCCGCCAGCUGCUGUCUUUGCCCCCGUUCCCGGGCCACCAUCUGCCCGGAAGGAAAUCGGCCUCCGCCCAACACGUCACCGCCAUUAGCUGGCUCAAGUAUUAUUUUGACGACAUCCCUCCUCCCAUCAUUCAGAAUCAUUUCAAUAAAGGCCUCGUACAGAUGGAAUGUUACCAAGGUCGAUCCGCUUCCAUGAGGAAGUUUCAAAUUGCUUCUCUUUACAUCUGUAACAGUUAUGCGCAGAUUAAUCCUAGUGAUGUCAUGGAGGAGGGUGACCGAGUUUAUGUCCCGGUAUCUGUUGCCGAAAGUAAAAUUUCAAAGAGGUUUGAUGUUAUCCCGAGUGGAACACUGAACCCAAAUGCAGAUGAAAUUGAGUACUUAAGAAGGCUCGACUCUGCUAUACUUGUACUGAAUAAACCUCCCAAACUGCCAGUAAAAGGUAGUGUGCCAGUUCACAACAGCAUGGAUGCUUUGGCAGCUGCCGCAUUAUCAUAUGAUUACGAAGAGGGUCCAAAGUUGGUGCAUCGUCUUGACAGAGAGAGUAGUGGGCUCCUCCUAAUGGGAAGAACUAAAGAGAGCAUUUCCUACCUCCAUUGGUUGUUCAGUGAUGUGAGAAAGGCGAAACCCUUGUCUAAGGAUUGGAAUGAUGCUCGUGAGGCAAUGUAUCAAAAGUAUUGGGCGCUGGUCAUAGGUGUACCCAAGCAAAAAGAAGGCAUAAUUUGUGCCCCACUCACAAAGGUACUUCUUGAUGAUGGGGAGACAGAAAGGGUCAUUCUAUCUCAUAAUUCAGGCUUAGAAGCUUCCCAAGAGGCAAUAACCGAGUAUCGUGUGCUUGGCCCUACUAUUAAUGGAUGUUCGUGGAUCGAAUUGCAUCCCCUCACGAGAUGUAAACAUCAGCUUCGAGUUCAUUGUGCUGAGGCUCUUGGUACCCCAAUAGUGGGGGACCACAAGUAUGGAUGGUUUGUCCAUAAUCGAUGGAAACAAAUGCCGAGAGUGGAUUUUGAGCCAACGAGUGGGAAGCCUUACAGAUUAAAGAGGCCUGAGGGUUUGGAUGUUCAGAAAGGCAGUGUGUUGUCUAAAGUUCCCCUUUUGCAUUUGCAUUGCCGGGAGAUGGUACUGCCGAAUGUGGCCAAGUUUAUCGAGCUCCACCGCAUGCAAUGCCAUGCAGGCCUCGUGUGUGAUUCGAGAGCGGAUGUGCUACGUUUCGUGGCCUCAAUAACUUCUCACAUGAAAAUCAGUUGGAAUCUCAUGUCCUCUUACUUGGUGUAA